AUGUAUUCCAUAUCACUAGUAGUAAACAUGCAAUGCAUAUCAGCUUAUGGAUCUAUACUCUCUCUUCCUUUACGUUCCAAUUUAUUUUCGGUAAGAAAACUCUCUAGCUUUCCCCACAAGUCAUUUUCAGGUCAGCAUGGAAAGCUUGUUCGCAUGAAGGCCACCCCUACUCGGGCCUGUCAUGAUCAAGAAAGUAAUCGCAAGUUCAAGAGACUGCCGCUUUCAAAAUGGGGUCACCAUUUCCUCUCUGCUCAAGUUGAUGUCUCGGAAAUGAAUGCCCUUGCCCAAGAGAUUGAGAGACUAAAGCCGGAAGUAGGGGAGAUGCUCAUGUUUUCUUCGAAAAGCAUUGAGUCGACCAAGAAGAGGAUUCUUUUCAUAUAUAUGCUUGUGAGCCUUGGUGUAGCGUUUCACUUUGAAGAUGAGAUUGAGCAGAGUCUAGAAGAGGGUUUUGAAAAGAUACAGGAGAUGAUAGCCGGUGAAGAUGAUUUGUACACGAUUUCCAUCAUGUUUUGGGUUUUCAGGACAUACGGUUACAACAUGUCUACCGAUGUUUUCAAGAGAUUCAAAGGGGAGAAUGAAAAGUUUAUGGAAUCUAUAACCAGUGAUGUCAAGGGCAUGGUGAGUUUGUAUGAAGCUGCUCACUUAAGGACAACAAGAGAAGAUAUCUUGGAGGAAGCGUUAAGCUUCACUACAAGAAACUUGGAGUCGUUAGCUAGAGCUGGAGCAAGUUCUCCCCAUAUCUUAAUGCGUAUACGAAAUGCUCUUUGCAUGCCUCAACAUUACAAUGCCGAAAUGAUAUUCGCGAGGGAAUACAUUUCUUUCUAUGAACAAGAAGAAGAUCACAACAAGAUGCUACUUAGAUUUGCCAAGAUCAAUUUCAAGUUUUUGCAGCUAAAUUGGAUUCAAGAAUUGAAAACUCUGACCAAAUGGUGGAAGCAGCAAGACCUUGCAUCUAAACUCCCACCUUACUUCAGGGAUAGAUUGAUCGAAUGCUAUUUAUUUGCAAUAAUGAUAUAUUUCGAGCCACAAUUUUCACUUGGGAGAGUUUCACUAGCUAAGAUCAACACAGUCUUCACCCUUGUUGAUGACACGUGUGAUAGAUACGGUAAUGUUUCUGAAGUUGCAGCUCUUGUUCAAUGCGUGGAAAGAUGGGAUCCAGAUUGCAUGGACAGUUUACCAGAUUAUAUGAAAACCGUCUUCAAGUUCGCUUGGAAUACUUUCGAAGAGUGUGAAAACGCAGGCAUAAUGGAAGAGGGAUUGUCUUAUGACGUGCAAGGUGCACUUGAAGAGUGGGAACAAGGAGACGUGGUGCCUACAUUUGACGAGUACUUGGAGAUUGGAGGAGUCGAAGUAACAAUGUAUGUAAGUAUAGCAUGCAGUUUUCUUGGGUUGGGACAAAGUUCUAGGGAACAAGCUUAUAAAUGGCUAAAAUCCAGACCAAAAUUUGUUGAGGCUCAGGCUAAAAGGGCUCGUCUAAUGAAUGACAUAGCCGGCUUUGAGGGUGACAUGAGCAGAGGGUUUGAUGUUAAUGCCAUCAUGUACUAUAUGAAGCAAUACAAAGUUACCGAGGAGGAAACUUUCACAAGGCUUCAAAAGAUGGCUAGGGACUUGGAUACAACUGUGAACGAGGAGAUAUUAAAGACAACAAAGAGUGUGCCGCGGCAAAUUCUAAAGCGGGCCAUUGAUUUUGGAAAAAUGAUAGAGUUCACUUAUAGGUCUGGCGAAGAAUACACACAUCCCGAAGGAAGAUUUAAGGAUCAUAUCACAUCUUUGUUUGUUGAUCUUAUUCGUCUUUGA